CCGCACACCUUCCGCCUCCAUCUCCAUCUCCAGCUUACCUCCACAACUCCACUCCGAUCCGACCUCCAAUCCUCACCAUGUCCACCGUCCACCACCUCUUCCGCCGUCUCGAUCCCAACGACGGCUGCACCAACGACACCUGCUCUCCCUCCCAAUCCAUAUACGGCUACCGUGCUUCACUGCCCGCGUCGCUUACAUUCCUCAUCAUCUUCGCCCUCUCCGGCGCUCUGCACCUCUACCAAGGCGUCCGCACAAAACAAUGGUUCUUUAGCAUCGCCAUGUUCAUCGGCUGUCUCGCGUCCGCACUCGGCUACGUCGCGAAGACUCUCCUUCACUACGAUCCGUUCUCGGACGUAGGAUUCAAUCUCAGCGUGGUGGUGUUGACGUUUGCUCCGGCGUUCUUCGCGGCGGGAAUAUACUACACUCUCAAGCACAUAACCCUCAUCCUCUCACCCACCCUCUCCCGCCUCCGCCCAUCUUUAUACACAACCCUCUUCAUCCUCUUCGACCUCUUCAGCAUCAUCCUCCAAGCCGCCGGCGGCGCCACAGCCUCCACCUCCCCAAACCUCAAAGUUCUCGAAAUCGGAGACAAGAUCAUGAUCACGGGCCUUUCGGUGCAAGUCGUCACAAUGGUCAUCUUCGGAGGUUUCGCGCUGGACUAUGCGUUGGCGGUGCGGAGAGCGACGAAGAAGGGCGAGUUGAGUGAGGCGUGUGCGGAGUUGGGGAGGAAGAAGAGGUUUCGGUGGUUUGUGGCUGCGUUGACGUUGAGUUAUGUUUGCAUCUUGGUGAGGUGUGCGUAUCGACUCGCUGAACUGGCAAACGGCUGGUCUGACGACAACGAGAUUCUACGCAACCAAAAUCUCUUCAUCGGCCUGGACAGCGUCACCUGUGCGAUUGCGACGCUGGUCUUGAAUAUCUGGCACCCCGGCCGAUGUCUAUCUCGGGAGAAGAGAGACGUCGCUGCCAAGAUGGCGACCGAAAGCGGAAGCAGUGACGAGGAGCGCGGAGUGGUAGAGGAGAAGUAA